CUGAAGGGAAAUGAUUACUGUAACACAUAGACAUUACAUAGACGUUUAUUUUGUUUAAUUAUUACAAAAGUAAGGGCUAAGCUACGCUCUUUCAAUCGAAGAUUUAACCCGAUUCGACUCUAGUGCAAAACCUUGCGAUUAAAUAUUCUUCCCUCUUUUAGAUAAUAAAUACAUUUAACUCGAUAUUUUAGUUUUUGAUGUCUAAUAUUCGCCCAAACGAGCAUGUACUUAAUUCUAUAAUUGUUAUUACUUAGCAGUUACAAAUGUUACAAUGCUAUUAUUGAAGCGACAUACUUGACGUAGCACUUAGCGUGCGAACUACUGCUAACCAAGUGUUGCAAAUAUUUCCCUAUCGCCAGCGAUACCUAUAAAUCAUGUCAUGCAUGUUUCUACACAAUCUAAUUAUACAAUGCCAUGGUUCCAGAUACGAAAAGGAGCAGGGGAUGAAGAUUUCCGGCCGACACCGAUACCACUGAACGAGUGGCGCGAGGUGCGGGGAUGGCGGGGCGGGCGCGCCGACCGCGUGCCCACGCUGCAGGAGGUGCUCCACCAGCCCGCCCACUACUGGGAAGACGCGCUCCGCCACAGCGUCUACCUCACUCUCGUCAGGGACAAGAUAGACCAACUCAUAGCCAAGGGGAGCCCUGAACACAACGAUCUUGACGACAAAGACCUCUGGGACAAAAUCAAGCGAGCACCCUUCGAAAGAAAUGAUAACGAAGACCCUCCCAUGGUUGGCGAUGUUGUCAUGAUGGCCAAGGGUAAACUGAUGGAGGAGAGCGGCGGAUUCAGGUUCAAAGAAGACGACAAGUUCAAAGACAAGUGCAGGGAAAACUGCAUGGACGGCGUUAAAGCGCUCUGGUCAGUUAAGAGGAUACGACAGAGAGAUUCAGAUGUCACGGGGCGAUAUCAUUACGAGCUCACGUUCUCAGUGAUCACUCAGAAGAAACAUAAGAAGCAUGAGAAACCGGCGAGGACGUUCACUGUCAGAGAGACCGCUCCGGAGAGAAUUGUGGACGCGCCGUUGGAGAACCGGUAUUAUGAGCCUACAACGGCACCGGUACCGGUACCUGUACCUGUGCAGCCGGUACCGAUACCGACUCAGCCGACGCGCGCCGAGCGAGCCCUUUGGGUCCACAAGAACAUAGCUGCAAGGAACCAAGCGAGACAGCAUCAUAACGGCCUCGACAGACUAUGGUCCUCACUUUUCUCCGAUGAUGAAGAUGAUAUACCCCCACCACGGUACAAGCCCAAACAGUACCAACACAACCAGUACAAUCCACCUCCUCCUAUAUACCAACAGUAUUCCAAGGCAGGGUACGUUGGCUCGCCCAAUGACAAUCAGAAGGCAGGAUAUGUAGGCUCUCCGAGUGAGCAUCAUCAGAAGAAACUACAUACGUCCCACAAGCCCCACCACGUGUACAAAUACAGUAAUCAUUACAGCCGGCCUAUCCCCCCGCCGCCCCAGCCGCAUCACCAACAGCACUACCUGGACAUAGAGCAAAUAGGGGUCGUCAGCGCACCCUACCACCAGGAUCACAGACAUGGACCGCCUUACAAACCCGGGAAGACGCCACGGCCACAAGUGAUCCCGACUCCACCCAAUCCGGUUUUGCCACAAAAGAAUUUCACCAUCGAAACUACAACUCCAUUGAAACCGAGCAGUGAAGAAAAUACUCAGACUACUCAGAGACCUGACGUGCAUCCACCGAAAACUUAUAACAAACAGAAGCCGACGACGGUGAAAAUUAGCUACGUCACGGAUCAUGUCAGGCCGCCAGUCUACAACGCACCUCCUGGAGUUUUUGUGACAAUGGACAAGAAACCUUUCAAGCCGAUGCCACCUCUGAGACUCGUUCACUCGUCGAAGCUCCACAAGCCUCCUCGUCCGACCGACUUCAGACCCAGCCCUCAAGUUUUAGACGUUUCCUCAUUCUCAGAACCGGAUCCAUUACUUGACACUGCAUUUAGGCCGAUCACAGUGAGUUACGGGAACAGCAACACGACAGAGAAAGCUGUAGCCGCCAGCGACAAUCAUUUCCGAAAUUCGACCGUUAAGAAGCCACCGAAGAAGAACGAAAUCGUAAAUGCACAACGAGUUACAACGACAGCACCCGAGAUUAUAACCGCGCACAGUGUGGAAGAGGACAGCGACGCGGAGUGGACCAACGUGCUGGGCGCGUUCGCCAAGACCACGCCGAUGGCCGCCGAGACUACUACUGAGAAAGCAAAACCUAAAACUUCCGAAACAACUACUCCAAGUCCUGUGACAACGACAACGGUGUCAACAACAACCACGACAACACCAGCACCAACCACGACCACCAAGCGGCUACCCAAGAGAACAAAAACUACCACUACUACCACCACUGAGGAGCCCACGACAACGCCAAAGCCCAAGAAACGCACGCGUCCACCACCGAAAUUCACUAAACCAGAAAAAGUUAAGAAACACAAGCGCAUUACAACAACUACCACUACAACUGAACGUCCAAUCCAACGCAAAGAGCAAGAUCUGACUCCUCAAGCAAGUUCAGCGUCUGCAACUGCGCAAACUACUACGACAACGUCAACAACGACGACAACGACAACUACAACUACUACUCCAGAGCCAACGACUACACCAGUUCAUACAACGACAACUAGCACGCCACCUCCGACAACUACUGAAGCAACGACACCAGCCCCGGAUACUGAACCACCGAAAACAAAAAGCCGCUACAGGCAAUCAACGUUAAAAUACAGGAGUGUCCUAACAGGCCAUGAUAAGAAAGAGGAAAAAGCACGGACUGUCAUACCACCUACGGGUGUAAUCAAGCCAAGAAGGAAGGGAACUAAAUACACUAAUUACAUUACGUCUACACCUAAAUUCUCAGAUAUGCAAUUUGACGAUGAAGGUAAAGAAGAUCAUGUCGUCAGUCCGUAUAAAUCUAAAUCAGUAACUACUACGGAUUCUACGGCUAGCCAAGGUGCUUCGCAUUCAACUACCCCAGCCUAUGAAGAAGUAGCAGAUCAUGUUUACAUCACUAGUGAAUUACCAGAAUAUUCCUUUGGUCCUGACGAUGAUUUUGAUGAUUCCGAUCCUUAUGAAAGAUAUGAAAGAGAUGAAAAUCAGGAGCCAAGAGAAACAUCAGAGUUCCUCCCCUCUACAUCAGCAUUGGUAACUCCGAAUGAAACUACAAACGAAAUAGAAGAAAGUGAAGACGAGCCGGCAGACGCCACUGCACAAGUAGUAGUAACGACACCUUUAUCCGCGGCGAAAAACAAAACCAAGUGUAAGAAGAAGAAACUACAGACUCAUAACAACACUACAGAAGAAGUUAAGUCUGAAGAAUGGAGGGCAGAGGAAUCGAGUAUACACGAGACAAUAUCCGCAGAAAAGCCAGAGCCAAGGUCAGAAGAACCAACAAUAGAAAAUAAGACGCCUGAAACGACAAUAGAGGAUAAGAAACCGGAAGAAGAGGGGUUAAAAGUUCAAGCACUAGAACAAACAACUUCAUCAACUAGUACAACCACAACGGCUAAUCCAUCUUCAACGCCUGAUAUUUUCGAAGAAAUCUUCGGAGGAUUUACGUUCGACGAUUCUGUGACAGAUUCAAAGAAUAACGAGUCGUCAAAAAUAGACGAACAAGAAAGCACCCAUCAAGAACAAUUUAUAAAAGCGGAGGACGAUUUCGCUGAUUUCUUUGAAGCCUUCGAUGAGAAACACAGGCAACAUAGAGACGGGAAGUAUGAAGAUGAGUACGAAUAUGAUGAUAAAGAACGUUUAGAUGACGAAGAGCUUCAGUUUCCAGGAGACGAGGAUCGGAGAGGUUCGAGAGACGCGAAAGACGGGGACGAAUCGUAUGAAGAUUAUCAGGAACGUCCCUUCAGUUUAUUAGAACUCAUGGCCAUGGAGUAGACUGAAUUUUUGCAGUACCUUCUAAAGGAGCAUUUAGAUUUAUUGUCUACACUAUGUCCCGACUUUCGCGACUUUCUUAAGCGUCAUAGGGGUAAAAGUAUACAUACGAGACAAAUCAUCAUCCUCCUUGUGUUAUCCCGGCAUUUGCCACGGCUCAUGGGAGCCUGGGGUCCGCUCUGACUUUCUUAAGCGUCAUAGGAGUAAAAGUAUACGUGACAAAUAAUUUUUGGAAAUGCUUAAGGAAAACAGUGCUCCAGUGCUUGCGUUUUCGGGAUUUAAAUGCUCCUAAAAUACUCAUAUCAUAGCUUUAAUUCUUUCCUGCUCUGAUCUCAAAAUCUACAGACUUUGUAUCUCUCACUUACUGAAGAUUAGCUAGUUUGAGCCAGUAUGCCUUUGACCAAAUUUUUUAGUCAUCAUUUUACCUUUCUUCGAGAAGAUUGUAUCUGUUUGUAUGUUUAAAAACCACAGGAGUAGAACUCGUAGAUGUCAAAUUAAAGAUUUCGGUGAGUGGUGGAUUUUAGAGUCAAGAACACUGUUGUAAGCGUACGUAGGAUAAACGAGUUGUAUAACUUCAAACUUGGAUAAACCCAUAGAUAUAAAGGAAGGAGAUUGGAUAUGCCGGGAAAUUUGUAUUGUAUACGAGUGUCGCAAGUUCUUGAAAUCACACACACUUGUAGAUGGACGCUCCUAUUGGACUAUUGCGCAAUACACGAGCAUUUCCAUGUCUGUCAAAGAGGAUCGAGUAUUAUAGAGAGUUAUUGUCAAAGUAAAAUGU